AGAGAAUUUCUUUAAAAACAGCAUUUCUCUGGAAAGAGAGACUUAUUUACGAAGUGAGAUCAGUAGGUACCGUAUAACAUAUCGCUGUACAUCUCGCGAGAGAAAGAUAUUGUUGAAGAGAUAAGCGGUGGAUUGCGAGACGCGUUUAUGUAUAAAAUAACACCAAGAUCACGUCAGUGGGCGGGAAGUCAGGUAGACUGGGGAGGAAAAGACGGAGGGAAACGGUGGGUACCACGGGGUGGUUCGGAUGCGGGAGAAGUGAACGUCGGGGUCAUGGUGGGUUCAUUCAGCGAUGUGCAGUUGGCCGGGUGCUGUCUGACCCGUCUCAGCAAUCGCUGUCGCGUUCUCUCUCUCUCAUCUUUCCCUUCGUAAUCCCUCGCGUUUCCCUCUCUAGGCUUCAUCCGCCGGCGCGUUAGAAUCAUUCUCCCUACCCUUAGCCUACCCCAACCCGUUGUACGUAUCGUUCUCACUAUCGCAUCGUCGACGGCCAUCGGAGCAGCACUGAGCGAACGCCCGUCGACGACGUUUUAUCUGUGCAUCGCUGAUUUCGCGGCUGCUUGCGGCCGAUGUUAGUCGAGUACUGCACCACGCACGGUACACGUGCGUCGACAUGACGGUAGCGUCGGCAGCGCGACGUCCGAUCAUCCACGUCGUCCACCUGGCCGUGCCUCGACGGCAACGCGUGGUGGCAACAGAGUCAGCCUCGACGACGGUGAUGGUGGCGGCGGCGGCGGCGGCGGCGGCUUCGAUCGGCCGACGGCUCUCGUAAGCAAGAGUUUUAGCGCUUAUCUUAUCAACGGCAAAGUCGAGGACGUCGUGUUUCGGCCCGGUUAUCGAAUGUGGUGCACGCAUUUGGCGGCUACGGAAACGACAACGGUAGCAUCAUCUGUGACGGAGACAGCGAUCGAGAACUCAAGCGAUCUGGCAGGUGAGAGGGCAUAUUAUAUGAGCAGGGGAGACUGCCGGUGAUGGACAAUGAGCAACCGCACCAGGAACUGGUCAAGUGCGUGGUCGUGGGUGACACGGCAGUCGGAAAGACCAGACUGAUCUGCGCCAGAGCCUGCAAUAAGCACGUGUCACUGUCACAACUCUUGACUACUCACGUGCCCACGGUCUGGGCUAUUGACCAAUAUCGGAUCUACAAGGAUGUAUUGGAGCGAUCUUGGGAGAUAGUAGACAAUGUAAACGUGUCGCUACGUCUCUGGGACACAUUUGGCGAUCACGAGAAGGAUCGACGUUUCGCAUACGGCAGGUCUGACGUCGUGUUACUAUGUUUCUCCAUAACCAACCCCGUUUCCUUGCGAAACUGCAAGGUGAUGUGGUAUCCCGAGAUAAGGAGGUUCUGCCCGCAGACACCGGUCCUAUUGGUCGGAUGCAAAAACGAUCUGCGAUAUAUGUAUCGGGACGAAACUUAUCUCAGUUACUUUCGCGACCGCAGUCCCUUUGUAAGGGCUACGAGGAAGAGCGAUCUGGUUAUGCCGGAUCAGGCACGGGCGGUGGCGCGAGAACUCGGUGUGUGCUAUUAUGAGACAAGCGUUUUCACUUAUUACGGUGUGAACGAGGUGUUCGAAAAUUCGAUACGUGCCGCCUUAAUCGCACGUCGUCAGCAACGUUUCUGGAUGACGAACUUGAAAAGGGUGCAAAGACCUUUGUUACAGGCACCAUUCUGUCCACCAAAACCUGUACCGCCGAAGGUAUGCUUGGCUGCAAGUACCUAUGAGGAGAACAUGAAGAGCCUGUGGACGAGGCCGAUUCACACGGACGUUACCCUGAUAGCGAGUAACUGCACGUUCUCGGUUCAUCGGUGCUUACUCGCCGCUGCUUCGCCAGCGUUUCACCGGCUUUUCUCGAUGGAACUCGCUCAAGAACUAACGCCGCGCAGCUCCAGCGAGUCCAGCAUGGUGAGCACUUUCGGCGAGGCCACCGUCGGUGACUUCAACGACGAUACCGAGUGCCUAAUUCGUAUCGAUCAAAGCAAACCCGCAAAAGUCUGGGAGCAACUUAAGCGACGAUCGAGUUUUCAAGUACUGCCGACGAUGGAUAAUCAGAGAAAAAGCAACAGCGCGACGAGGGAGCUGAAUCAUCCUGCCUUCCAAAAUAUUCGUAUAUGUCUGACUGAAAAUGCGAAUGGUGUGCAGCAGCCCAUGACUGUGAUCACGCUGUCGAAGCUGAUCACGCCGCAGGCGAUGCAGCAAUGCUUGCAAUUCAUUUACACGGGCAGCCUGGACAAACGGUAUCACGAUCUACAAGAAAUCAGGCAAGCAGCCGAAUUUCUCGAGUUGCCGCAAUUACUCAUGGUCCUCGGUAGCAUACAGACGCGGGAGCAGUUCGUCAAUAGCGAUCUCAAUAAUCGGUACAAGCAAGUGGUUAGACAACGGCUGGAAGAUAUCUGCCUAGAGCAAGGUCUCUUCGCUGAUGUGAUGUUUGAGCUAGAUGAUGGCAGCGUACCGGCCCAUAAAGCGAUUCUCACUGCCCGAUGCGACGUAAUGAAAGCCAUGUUUUCUGGCGAUUUUCGCGAAAGCAGCGCAAAAGUCAUAGUCUUUCCUGGGGUUCGGGAGUAUACAUUCCACAAGUUACUCUGCUAUCUUUACACGGACGAAGUGCCAGCGAUCUCUUCGGUCAGAUGCCUGAAUCUAUUGGAACUAGCCAACAGACUCUGCCUUCAACGAUUGGUCAACUUAGUCGAGAGCAGAGUGAUUGAAGAUCUUGAACGGCUUUCGCAAAAUGAGGGGAACGACGCUGUGGAAAACUGCCUGAGGCUGUUGGAGCCAUGCAAACUGCAUAAUGCCGAUCAGCUGGCCGAUUGGUGCAUGAAUCAUCUCUGCGUUAACUAUAAUAAGCUGUGCAAAAUGUCACCUCGUAGUGUGCGACUGCUUCAUCCAGAGAACCAGGAGUAUUUGAACGAGCACCGAUGGCCGCCGGUUUGGUACUUGAAGGAUUACGAUUACUAUCAAAAGUGUUUAGCGGAGCAGGUACGCGAAAACAAGCCGACGUUGAAGCGGAAUCGCAAUCAGUCCGGUUGUCUGUGUUUCUCGGGCUCGAGUAAAACCAGACGGGAGGGUAACACCGGUAACGGUGGAGGCACAAAAUCGACAACGUCGAACGAGACACCGGCAGAUCGGCCACUUUUCGACGCCUCGACCGAAUCCGGCGAGCAAGCUGUAUGACAGGAACCAAGCGGCCUCAGCCGCUCCGUCAGAUUCAUCCUGGUCCUACCUGUGCUCAUGGUCUUCAUAUGCACUAUUUUUACCAUUUUGAUACUGCUACAGAUUUAUACUUAAGCGGACUGCAAGACACCAAAGAGACUACGCGUAAACGCACGAAAC